AAAUGGAGGAUUCUCUUGGUUCAACUAUAGUAAAAAUCAAGCUUCAAGAACAAGACAAAGAGGCAAAACUUAAAGAAAAGCGAGAAAACGAUGCAGUUGUAAUGACUCUAAGGAAAGAAAUCCGUGAAAGUGUUUCUCAAGUUGAAAUAUGUAAGCAAAAACAAGAAACGCUUUUGAAAAAUAUUGCUAUGUUGCGUACACAAGCAAUAUUAGAGAAAAUACGCCGUGAAUCUUUAACUACACAGUUACACGUACGCAAUAAAGAGCUAGAAAAUUUACGAGCAAAAUCGAUUGAAGGUAUUUCUAAAGUGUGGGAACAGCGAUCUUCUUUUUGUAAAAAAAUUCACACCACUUCCGACAACUAUGACGUUUGGGCUUUGCUUAUUAAGCCGACUUCUUUAGAAUUGAGCUAUUUCGAUCCAUCUGUUGUAAAACAGGAAGAUACUAAUCCAGUAUUAAAUAAUGAAAUUCGACUACAAGAAGCAGUUACGAGACGGGAUAACGCUUUAAAAGAGCGUGACCAACUAAAAGCUGAACCAGAUAAUGGUGAAGAGUUUCUUCGCAUCAAAAACGCACUUCGAUAUUCACUGGAAAAAAUUGAAGAAUUAAAUAAGUAAACGCUGUUU